AUGCUGAACAAGAUGCUAAUAUUAAUUAUAGCAAUUACCAUAUUAAAUAUUAAACAAAUCCUAGGUAACACAGCCAAUGGAUAUAUUGUUUACUGUCCCUGUAUGGGUAGAUUUGGUAACCAGGCUGAUCACUUUUUAGGAGCUUUAGCUUUUAGUAAAGGUCUUAAUAGGACACUUAUAUUGCCACCAUGGGUUGAAUACAGAUAUGGGGAAGCUAAGUCUAUUCAAGUUCCCUUUGAUACAUACUUUAAAGUAGAUACUUUGAAUAAUUAUCAUCAAGUAAUUACCAUGGAAUUAUUUAUGAAAAAUAUCGCACCAAUUCUAUGGCCUCCACACAAAAGAAUUUCAUUUUGUUAUACUCAAAGAAUGGGAGAAAUACAGAAUAGUUGUAAUGCCAAAUCAGGUAAUCCUUUUGGACCAUUUUGGGAUACAUUCAAUAUAAAUUUUAUUGAAUCUGAAUUUUAUGGGCCUCUUAAUUAUGAUGCAAGUAAUAAUAAUAUGAUGGAACAAUGGAAAAAGAAAUAUUCAGUCGAAGAGUGGCCUGUGCUAGCAUUUACAGGUGCUCCAGCAAGUUUUCCAGUCCAGGCAGAAAAUAUUUAUUUACAAAAAUAUUUAAGUUGGAGUAAUAAUAUUCUAGAGCAGUCCAGGAUAUUCAUAAAAAAGAAUAUGGCUGGUGGUGGUUUUUUGGGAAUUCACUUGAGGAAUGGACAAGACUGGGUCAAAGCUUGUCAACAUAUACCCGAUAGCCCUAAAUUAUUUUCAGCACCACAAUGUGUUGGAUAUAAAAAUGAAAAAGGAAAGUUAACAAGUUCUAUGUGUCUCCCACAAAAAAUGGAAAUAAUAAAGCAAGUCAAAAGGGCUCUUAAGAAGUACAGACAUAUAAAGUAUAUUUUUAUUGCAUCAGAUUCCAAUCAUAUGAAAGAAGACUUUGAAAGUGCCUUAGAAUAUUUAGAUGUCAGUAUAUUAAGAUUAAAACCAAGUAAUCCUCACCUUGACUUGGCCAUUUUAGGACAAGCCAAUUAUUUUAUUGGCAACUGUGUAUCUUCAUUUACAGCUUUUGUUAAGAGAGAAAGAGAUAUAAAAGGACUUCCAUCAGAAUUUUGGUCAUUUCCUGAUAGAAAAAAACUUAAACAUGAAGAAUUG